UGACUCAUAAGGCCUGAGAGAAAAGGAAGAGCCGCAGAGACUUGCCACACUCUUGACUUCUGGGCCUGGAGGAGCAGUGCCCAAGAGGCCAGGAAUCUUGGCUGUGACCUCAGCUCACAAGACGGAGUUUUAACUGGACGCUGCCUGCCACCACUUCCAACCUCAGUGUGACCUAGAAAAGCCACAUACCAUCUCCAGGCCCUUCAUUUUAAAAGAAGCAGUGUUGCCUGGAAACAGAAUUGAAAGCAGUCAUAUGGUGGCUCACAUAUUCCUGUGAUUGAUUACUAAGUAUUCACCAAGAAGUGCCUGCCGCUCCACCAGUUACUGGGUGUGGGAGGAUGCCUGCAGAAGGUUUCGUUGAAUGACAGCUUUCUGAAUUUCAGUUGGCUAUGUGCAUAUGCAGAUAAGGGAGAUGAAGGAUAUUGGAGAACAACUCUAUACCACACAAGUGAAUGGGGGACCCAGUUCUUUGACCAUGUCCCCCAAACAACCUAAUAGAGCAACUCGGCCAGAGAGACAGGAAGCGCAAACCCUCUUGUACCAAGGUUCAGAGGCAGAGGCUGCCACAAUGACCAUUGCUACUUGUGUACAGUGCAAAAGUGUUCACAAGAUCCCCACUCAAGACUUGAGGAAGGGCCCUGGGCAGAGCCAGGACACUUAUGUCUGCUUUAAGUGCAGCCUUCGAGCAGUGCCUACCCAGCUGCAUUUUGUGAACAAUAACACCGGUGCUGCUCAUGUCAGAAAUGAAACGGAAACCAUCUCAAGUCCUGUAAAUAAAUUUAAGGUCAGGAACUUCAAACCAGGCAAAUACUACUGUGAUAAAUGUCGGUUCUCUACCAAGGACCCGCUGCAGUACAGAAAGCACACUCUGCAGCACGAGGAGAUCAAGUUCAUCUGUUCCCACUGCAGCUACAUCUCAUACACGAAAGGGGAGUUUCAGAGGCAUCUGGUGAAGCACACGGGCAUCUUCCCUUACCGCUGUGAGUACUGCGACUAUGGUGCUAUUCGCAAUGACUACAUUGUCAAGCACAGGAGGAGGGUCCACGAGCGGGCUGGUGCCAAACGGCCGUUCAAAACUGUAGCCAAGCUGGAGCCCAAGAGAACCAACAUUUCAAAGCAGAGCAUGGAACUCACAAAGGCCCCCAGCCCCAGGGCUGCCUUCCAAAACAAGUUGUCAGACCAGCUAUCUCGGUUCUCCCUCCAUGCAAACAAAGACAAGACACACAACAUGAUGCUAUUACCUGAGCUAAAGAAGUACCAAAAAGAUGUAGUGUGUAUUCCUAACAAAGUGACCCUGUCUGAGCCAAGGGAGCUGAGCCUGUUGGGGAACAAGAAUGUUGAGGUGGAAGUGCUGUCCCCCUCAAAGGAAACCGUGCAGCCAGGUAUGCCGCUGACGGUUGUGGCGCCGUCAGAGCUGGUGGUCCCCACCAACUGUCUAGCCCAGUUGAUGGACGUGAAAGUUGUCAAUGGCACUCAGCAGCUUGUGCUUAAACUGUUUCCGUUGGAAGAAAACCCCCGCCUCGAAACAAGCAGAGGAGAUGGAGGCACUUCUGAGUGUAUGACUACUGACAAGGGCUCAGGGGGACAGAAAAAAAUGCUUUCUACAGAAGCAUCAAGGUCACUAGCAGUGGAAGGGAAUACUGGAGACUUUGUGGGCCUUGACCGUCUGCACUCUUUGGUUCAGAAACAGCUUAAAAAUGUGAAAUGGGUCAAGUCUUGCAAUUUUUUCAUGCCCAAUUCUGGCGUACACAGUCAUCAAGAAUCUUUCCUUGGUUCUGAUACAAUCAAAGAUUUACAGAAAUCUCACAGUUUGUGUCCACCUAGAGCCCUUCCUUCUGUUGCCGUCAAAAGUCAUUCCCCAGCCUCUGUCCAAAACAGUGUUUCCUGUGGUCCUGGAACCACAGUGAGUCAUUUCUUGAGUAAAGCAGCUGUUGCUUUUGCUGAAGACAGAAGAGGUUCCCGCAGUGACUCCCAGCAGCUCCUUCCGCUUGCCUCAUUGCCUUCAAAGGUUCCCUUCUCUGGAGGGAAGGGCUUACUGCCUAUAGGUGAAAAUGACUUAGAAGCCAGGAAUAGGAUUAGCCGUCCUGAAACAGUGGUUUCCUCUGACAGGAAGCUGGAAGACAUGCAGAUGGAAAGCAAGGCAGUAGGAAAUACAGGCCAGGUUUCCUCUGUGCAGAAGAAAGAGUAUUUACACAUAAACAUUACUGGGGAAGAUAAACAGAGGUCCCAACAGCCUGGAGAUCAGCCUGUGCAGUCCAAGACUUCUGAAACAGCAGGUAACACCUUUGAAGGCCCAAUCAUCUCGUCAGUAUUUUCGCUGAGCUCUGGAUCUGAAAAUGUGCCAGAGGGCAUUAAAUGGAAUAGUUCAACAACCAAAAUAAAGUCCAUUGAACUGCUGCGCAGAAAGAUAGCGCAGUUAAUUGAGUCUUGUGGCAAACCUUCCUCUUUGUCUGCCAACAGCGCUCAGCGACGGUCCAUAGGGCAGUCACCCAAGCUCACUUCAAAAGCAGCUCCCAAGGCUAUUCAAGAAAUGAGUGUGUCCCUUACUGGCCCUGGCCCUAGUCCUGUCCCUGCACCUGGCCCUUCUGUGGUUCCUCUCCAAAACCUUCCUAACGAGGACAGUAUUACUGUGAGUGGACAGCUUGCUCCGCAGCAAAUCUGUCCCCAGUUUGUCAGUGCUAAUGAUGGAAAAACAGAAAGCAGAGUGACCAGAAAGACUCCUGUUGCUACUCCAGUGCUGAUCCCCAAAGGGGCUGUGUUGAGGGUCCUUAACUCUUCUGAAGAUGCUCACAUCAUAGAGGCUACCUGUGACACACCUGUCAGCAUACCUUGCCGUGAAGCCCAGUUAGCAGGAACACUUCCGUUCUGCCCUAUGAAACAGACAGUCUCGGGCUCCCAGCCUUUGACAUGCAGAAGUGGACCAGCAGACAUGUCCCCAAGUCUGGAGACAUCUUUCCGUCCCAAAUCAAGAAAAGAGGACCCUAUCUGCAGUGCCACUCCUAAGAAAAUCAUCCCUGUGUACAGCACAGCACCAGGAAGCAGUGACUCCAGCAGACAAGGAAGGCCAAUUUCUAGAAACCUAACUGUAAGCAAGAAUAAAACCAAGCAAGUGAGCUCAGCCAAGAAGAAAAACAAGAUGCAGGCCAAUCCCAGCCGCUAUUUCAAAGACCCCUCCUUUUUUCAGGUGGCAAGGCAGCUGCGACUCAUAGCUGCCAAACCAGAUCAGUUGAUUAAAUGUCCCCGUCGGAACCAGCCUGUCAUCGUGUUAAACCAUCCUGAUGUCGACUCCCCCGAAGUGACCAAUGUGAUGAAGGUAAUCAACAAGUACAAAGGCAACGUCCUCAAGGUCGUCCUGUCUGAGAGGACUAGGUGUCAGCUGGGUGUCCGGCGGUACCAUAUGCGGCUGACCUACCAGAACGUGGCAGAAGCUAACCACAUGAAGAGGCAGAUGAUGUUGAAAAUGAAACUGAAGAAGGUUCAUAAAAACAACUACCAGGUAGUGGGCUCGUUGCCAGAUGACCCUGCCCAGUGUGUCUUUAAGUGCUGGUUCUGUGGGCGGCUCUACGAAGACCAGGAAGAGUGGAUGAGUCACGGCCAGCGGCAUUUGAUAGAAGCCACCAGAGACUGGGAUGUCCUUUCUUCAAAGGGCAAAUGAGUGAAACUUGGUCUUUGAAAUUGGAUUUUCUUGUAGUUUUCAUGGCUUAGGGUCGCACUCUAGACCUUUGGUGCAGUAGAAGAAAGGGAGUUUCUUAUUCCUUAGAGUCACCAUAGGAAGGGUGAGAGCCCUGAGCUCUGUGGCUGGACCAGGGAAAGGUGCGAGGCCCUGAAAUUCUACUGGUUUUGAUUGAAAGGAUAUAGUAUUCUCCACAGGUUUUCAGUGAGAUCUGAGGCCUUUCUUGCGUAGUCCUUAUUUUUGAGUAGACACGUCUUUCAUAAUGCAUUUAGAGGGCAGGUUUAUGAUUGACACUUUUUGGACAAGUGCUGGUGAAGAGUUAAGCCUGUCUUGGCACACACAUCCACUUUGAUUUUGCUUUGACUCUUCCAGAAGAUUUGCUCCAUAAUAGAAGUUACAUUUUUCUACUUGAUGGGUCAUCUUAAAUCUGGUUAGAGAGUGCUGUGCUUGACCCCUCCCACUGUGAGUACUAGCUACGCUCUGCAGAGCCACGAGCUUUGCUUUCGUGAGCCUGUAUCAGCAACAGUUGUUAGGAGAAGAAAAGACAGAUUUUCAGUAUUUAGCUUUUGCUUGCUUUUAAAAUAUCUUGAUUGAUAAUAGUUGGGUAGGGAAUACAUAAUUGGGUUUUUUGUUUUUGUUUUGUUUUAGGUAAAGAAGGAAGAAAUAUAUAAAAUUAAGUCUGUUCUUUGCAUCUAAUACUCCACCAAACACAAAUGGCCACCUUAAAAUGUGAAGGAGCAGAUUCAUUAAAGACAGAUUAGCGUCAAUGGUGCCAUUCCAGGUGGACCUGAAAGCAGGCUGUGAAGGGUCUGCCGUGGGUGGCUUUUCACCUGGGACCCAGUGCAGAGCCUCAGGGGAUGUCAGCACUCUCCGGAGCGUAGUAUCAUAGGGCUGCUCCACAGGCCAGGUCUCUUCCUUUUGCCCGUACCUGAGCUGGCCCUCCUGAGGAAGAUCCCAGUCUCCGUGAGCAUUUUUCCUCAUGAACACUAGCAACUGCAGGGGUCAACAACAUGGAAAGAGAACCCUGAUUGUCUGUGGAGGCUUUAGGAACACUACCCCUGUUUUCAGUGAUAGGAACAGGCUGCUCCUGUCUGGCCUCAGAUGCUCCUCUCUCUUGCUUAGAUUUCCUGGGAGGACUUCCUCUCCACCAAGAGGCGUUACCGAUCUACAAGGCACCUUUGCACAUUAGGAGAAAGUUUAGCUCCUACAUGGAUAGGGCUUCCUGGGCAAGAGCAACUCAGACAGAGGGCGCUAACCAUGGCAAGCCUAGGUGCCCCCCCCCCACCAGCCAGUGACCUUGAGAGUGUGCAUUCUUAGGGACUUAGUGAUGGAUGCUGUGAGGGGAACGGGGGAGGGGUGGUUAGAUCUGAAAAUGGUACCAGUGACUUCUAAUCUCUGGGUAAUGGGACUUCCUGACUUUGCCUUUUCCUGUGGCAAGUCUUAGUUUACCUCUCACGGUUGGGACACUCCUUUCAAGCUCGUUUGCAUUAUACAUACUUGGCUUUUCUUAGGUACAAUUCAGUACCUGAUCACUUUGUUAAUUGACAAUUUUCAUUUAAAAGUUGCAUUUUUAUAUAUGUGUAUAUAUGUGUACACAUAUAAAUAUUUUUUACCAUAUGCAAAUUGCAACAGCUACUUUUCUGAUUUCCUAUUUUAUAAUGAUAACGUGAGCUGGGGAAAUAUAAAGCUUUUUAUAUUCUAGAAAUAAUUUAUUUUGAAAGAACAUUUUUACAAUGGUUUCAUCUCAUUUUUAGAAAAUGAAAGCACAGUAAAUGGUGGGACCUGAUUCCCAUGAGCAAACGGGAGUAGACCGUCCCUGUGGGUCAUCGUAUUGUGGCAUUUAGUCAUGCCUGGUGCUCCGUGGCUGUGUGAUGCAAAGAGCAUUCUGAGGCUGAUCUGUGGUGCAGACUGCUAACCCUCCAGCUCAGACUUGAAUCUCAUGUGCUGUGGCAGGAGGGGCUGUGGGAUCCACUCCUCUACCUCACUGCUGCACAGCUCCCCAACCCCCAAUGACUAGACCAAAAGCUGUCACAGAUCUGUGUCAGCAGAAUACUUACACUCUGCUGCAACAGCUGCUGUUUUCAAGUAUUAUCUAAAAUUACUGGUACCUGUGUGGAGCUGGCGUUAGUGAACAGAAUAUGGAGGGAGACAUUGGGGGAUUUUCAUAGCUACAGUCCUUGUUGAGGAACUCGGAGGGCUCCUGGAAGCCUAAGCCUGGGAAAGGCAAAAGUAACUGACUUCUCCAACAGAGUUUUAGACAUAAGUUUAUCAUGUAGGUAAGCGUGUGGAAGGACUCCAUUUCUAAUGGGUUGGAUGAAGGACAGAAAUGUGAUACUUCCUUCCCUAGUCUGACCUUGGCUUUGAAGGACCUCUAGUCACUACAUUUUGUUGAUAGUACUUAUAAAAUUAUUUUAAACUUAUUUUUUAAGCUAGUUUUUCUUACUUUGGGGGACCAAAAAUGAAAGGAUCUUUUUAUAUUUAUGAUAUAGGCAAAUAGAGUAAAAAAAAAAAAAAAAUGUAAGCCUCUGUUUCUUAAGUGUCCUCUCAGUAGAUUUUAUUUUAUUCAGAAUUUUAUCUACAGCCCAAAACAUUUUGUGAGCCUCCAUCACAGUUGAAUUAAACUAAACACGAUGUAUUGACCCUCCAAAGUUCCAUCCCCCAUUCUUUAGAAUUUACAUAAGCCACCUGGAAGAUGAAGGUAUAGUGUUGUUCAGCCUUCAGAAUGACUUUUGAAUCUGUGAAUGUCUUUUUGAGCAGAAAACAAACCUUUGUCUUAACCUGUCAAGCAUUACAGUUCCCGUGUGAACAGUUUGUGUGUCUGCCGCUCUGGUUCUGAAACAUGUUUGUAUAUAGAUAGAAAAGUUGGCAUCUGUUUUGUUUAAAUAAAGCAACUUUUAAGAUCUUCA